AGAAAAGAAAGGAAAACGAACGAAUCGCAGCGCGUGAAGAAUUUCCCAGCAUUCUUCCAUUCUUACCCAAAAUGGAGGAUCUUUCGGUUGAAGUUGGUGGAAGCAGUGGUGUUUAUUAUAAAGCUUACUUAAAAAGUUUUUACGAGGAUGAAGUUCUUGUUUCAUUUGAAAACAAUUGGCAGCCAGACAAGAGAGUUAAACUUGUUAAUGUCCGGCUCCCACCCAAGCCUGGAGCAAGUAAACCUGAGUUUAGAGAGGACGAGAGAGUUGAGGUGUUUGGAAAGGUGAAAGAUGAGGAGGGAUUGGCGUGGUACCCAGCAAAGAUCAAAAUGCUGAAAGGAGAAUUUGCUGUGGUUUCAUCUCCGUGGGAUGCUAACGAUAUUCUUCCCCUGGAUAAAAUCAGAUCAGUGAACCAUAAUCCACCUAUCACCAAGGAAUCAUUCUUUCAGUUUGUGCUUGAGGUGCCCCCAGAUUUGAGAGAAGGAUGUCAGGAAGAUAUGGCUAUCCAAGAGUUUCGUAAACACAUUGGUGGUGCCAUGGUGUCUUACAAUCCUGAAGACAAAUCUCUUCAUGUUCUUAGCACCAAUCCGAGUGUUAUUAAGAGGGCUUCAAUGAUUGGUGAUAUGUUUCUCCGAAACAUGAGACAAAAAGUACUCUUGAAGCAACGCACUGAAGAGGCAGUGAAAAAGCUACAGAGCACAAAAAUCAGAUCCGGAUAUAUGGAAGAAUUCCAAGUCCGUGAUGAGCUUAUGGGCUUAGCUAUUGGCACACAUGGAGUUAACAUUCAGCAAGCUCGUAAAGUAGAUGGCAUCACAGGCAUUGAAUUGGAUGAAGCAUCCUGUACUUUUAAAGUUUAUGGAGAGACCUUGGAAGCUGUGAGAUCUGCUCGAGGUUUGUUAGAGUUUUCUGAGGAAACCUUUCAGGUACCUCGGGAUCUUGUUGCUAAAGUCAUUGGAAAGAAUGGGCGUAACAUCCAGGAUAUUGUGGACAAGUCUGGCGUUGUUCGUGUGAAGAUUGAAGGUGACAAUGAACAUGAAACAGAAAGAGAAGAGGUAACCUCGUUGGAUGGGCAAGUUCCGUUCAUCUUUGUCGGCACCAUGGAAAGCAUUAGCAACGCCAAGCUAUUAUUAGAAUAUCACUUGGAUCAUCUCAAGGAAGUGGAACAGUUGCGCCAAGCUAAACUUGAAAUUGACCAACAGCUUAAGUCAUUAUCAGGGCCCCAGCCUGGCUCUUAUUUCCCGCCUCCUAGAGAUAGGAGGUGGGGAUUUCCCCAAGAGCAGUUUGACGAUCGUAGAGGUAGAGGCAGUCGCGGUGGCCGUGGUGCUGGCAGAGGCCGUCGGUGGAAUACAGAUAGGCAUGGAGAUGAUACAUCUAUGCCCGCUUCAAUGGUAGGAGACUGGUCUGCUGAAGUUGAUGAUGAGAAACGUCAGUCUGGCUACUUAACAGACAGUAUUCUCACAGGGCGAGGUCGAGGAGGUGGGGCCUACCGACGUGGUUCGAGGGGCGGUGGUCCAAGAGGAAGAGGCGGCCUUCCACCCAGAGGAGCGUAUGAUGAUGAUGACUCCCGUGAUCCAAGAUCUAGGAGACGAAUGACUGAUGAUGAUGACACAGUUUUAGACAAUGCUAGUUUAACAAGUCAAGACCAAGAUUAUGAUCAAGACAGACAAAGGCGGCCAAGGAGAAAGAAAAACAGACCUCGAGGAAAUGGCGGUGGUGCUUCUGGCACUGAGACAGAGACAAGUGUUUCUAGUUACCCAAGAGAUAGAAAUUCAGGCAGGGGCAGAGGCCGUGGCGGGGGCUAUAACCAGCGUGGCAAUGAAUCUGAUACAGGUCGCGGAGGCUACAAAGGCCACGAGUCAGAUUCUGGACACACUCCUAGUGUGUCUGUCUCAGGUGGACGCAGCUCUAUAAGUCCCGGGAUCCAAACGGUGAAUGGUGGAGGUGGGGACAGGCCAACCAAACCAGAGCCUCCAUCCAAGGAUCAGCGGGACAGCAGGCCACCAAGGGAUAGUAGGCCAAGAGGAAAUAAUGUCUCUGCGGUGCCCUCCGGCCAACCUGCCAAACAAGUUUCAGGGAAUCACCACAGCGGGAGUGAUUCGGACUCUAAGCUAGCUAAAAGUAAAUUGAACAACAGCGGUGCCAAAACAAAGGAGCAUAUAGUGAAUGGCGGGGAGUGAUUCUGUGGAUUCUAGUUCUAGUUUCUAAUUGAGUGACGAAUGUGUUGUUGAUAGUGCGACUAUUACUCUGGUGUGGAUGUGUGCGUGCAUGUGUGUGUGUGUGUGCGGCACUAGUGGUUGUGAGACCUGAAGUAAAUUAUUCUUUCUGGCUGCCGAAUGAUUUGCCGUGUCAUUUCUUACUGCUGCCUAGCCCAAUGUACAUACAUGUCAACUCAUUUGGGUUACUUCUUGUGCAUGGGGGGAAAAUCAAUCUUGUUAUGUUGAGGUGAGAAUGUGUGUAUGUGUACACACAGCAGUGAGAGGGCAUGGCCAUGGUAGUAUCAUGUUUAGAAACCUUCUUUUUGUUUGUUGAAUAGUGUGCAUAGAUUUUCUUAGUGCAUGAGAGCUUUGAAUGGGAUUAGCAUUGUGUAUAAUCAUAAUUGUGUACAGUUGUUUUUUUUCUUUUGUAUGUUUUCAUUUUUUUCUUUUGAAGCCUUGGAACAAAUGAUGUUUUUUUUUUUUAAUAUCUCUCAAGGGAGAUAAAGGUUACUAGCCAACAUGACAGCUAUUUACAACCAACUUUUGCUUUAACUGUCUACUUAGAGGACUUUUCCAGGAAGUAUGUUUCCUUGCGAAUGACCUCCUGGUAGACUAGGUGCUCAAAGCACUCUUGAAAAAAUCUGAAAAGAUAUGCCAGUUGCAGUGGUUUGACUUGAAAUUGUCAUUUGGAAACAAAUUGUUUUAACACACAAUUCUUCUACUGAAACCAUAUCAUUUGUUUUAAUUUGAUUAAUGCGGAUGCUAUUUGAGAAAUUGAUUUUAACGAAUUCUGUUCACAUUUGAGAACCACUGCUUCUAGAGGCAGAUAUUAAUGGGGGAAAAAAAAAUCCUGAUUCUGAGCACUUCUCGAACUUGCUGUGUGACAAGGUUGACAUAGAUUUGUUUACAUGUUUAAUGACAUGACUCACUGUUCUAUUUCAUGUGCAGUUUAUUGUGUGCUUUAACCAAUUUUUUAUAUUUUUUUUAAAUAUAGGAUAUGCACUACAGUUAAAUUUUUUUUUUUUUUGCAAUUAUUAUUUUUAUUUUAACCUAAGACAACACAAGAAAGUGGAGAGAUUUUUUUUUUCUGAACUUAACUGCACAUGGAAUAUUGAUCUUUGAAUUUCAAGAACUGCCUUUUUAUCAAUAUUAUUUUGUUGUUUUUUUUGAAUUUGUAUAAAAAGGCUCGUUCUAAAAAUCAAACAUUACUGCUCUUGGUGUCCCAGUGGCACGGAAACAGUAUUGUAUAAUAUUGUUCAUAUUGUUUUGUUUUUCAUGCUUUAUAUUUUGACCAAUGGACUGAAAGUAGACGGGAGAUUUCCCAUGCUGUGAAUGAGAAUGCCGUGCCAGUCUGUUGGUCAAACCAUUGUGAACAUUCACUGCCGAGGCCCCGUUUCUAAUCAGACGGCCCCAAAGACAGCAUGAUCUUUGCCAGUGAAUCCCAUGCCCUCCAUCUGUACCCCACACUCUUCCCAUUACAUUUGCAUGGCCUCUUACUUGUGAUGGGAUAAGCCCAAAAAAAAAAUGUUUUUAAAAAAUAUGAAAAUUUAUCUCAUCACUACUGUAAAUGGCCCAAUUGAAAUGCAGUACCUGGCAAGUACGUGGUCGUUAACAUUCAGACCAUAGCUUGAAGAGUACCACGCAGUGGUGAUGUCCAGGUACUAAGGAUGAUAUCACCACUGUAAAUACCAUCCAGCAUCUGGAGUCUGGAAUUACAGGACUAUUGAUGUCCUACAGCUCAGCCUGCUGCCUCGUUUGGUUAGGCAGAGUGGCUGUCACAAAUAACAUCACUUGCAAACGUCACUUUAAUCCUUCAAAUAGAGACAAGUGAUGAUCAAUUCUCUUAGAGUGACAUACCCUUUUUUUUUUUAAAUUUAAUUUUUGUAAUUAUUUUUUUAAAAAUACAUUCACGGAAAGCAUAUCGCAUAAAAGUUCCAUUUAAAAGAAAUAAGAUUAGGCAUCAACAGGAAAGACUCCUGCAUUGUGAGAAAACAUGAUGCUUGUCUUUGAGAUGUCAGAGAUAUUAAUGUGGCAUUUCUUUUGGAACUUUUCCUUUUGCUCUAGAGUGUGAACAAAGCUGACUUCAGUGACUGUCGGCUACACCAUGAAUGUGCUUUGAACUGAAAUAGCACGAUUACCAUACACUAAAACAGAUAUAUAUCAUAUCAUAUAUAUAUAGUGAGAAUUAACCAAACAGUACAUCAAAAUUUCUACAAAGAUUUUUGGAUAAAAAAAAAAACAAAAAACAACAUGUCUGCCAUUCAAAAAGAAAAUGCAGUUUUGAAAACAUUUCUGAAAAACUGCGACCUAAGUGAUCUGUCCCUGUUUUACUGUAAAGUCUUGGCAUUCUUUUGAUGUGCUUUUUUUUGGAUCCAUGUGAAUGAUUAAUUACAUUUUAUCUUUUUUUUUUUUUUUUUGGCUGUUGUUGUUCUAGUGAACAUUUAAACGACUAAUUUCAAGUUUGUCAAGAGUUUUGUUUUGUUUUCUUGCAAUAAGAAGUUGUGUACAAGUUUUUAAAAAACCUGGACUUGCUAUUGCUUUUUUUUUUUUUUUUGUUUGUUUGUUAUGUAGACCUUUUGGGCUUUUGUAUUUUCAAGACCUUCAACAUUUUCUUUAUCACUUGAAAUGAUUCUAACUUAGGGUAACCCCAUGAACAGCUGUGUAAUGGACUCAUUGUGUGUACAGUUUAGGGCUCUGUUUGGGAUGGCAUUGUUAACCCUUUGCAUGCCAUCCAACUCAUUGUCAUGACUAGACAAUCAAUGUCAAUGACUAAACAUUGUAUGAAUUCAUGUAGUCAGGGAUAAGGUAGAUACAUUGAAUCUUAAUGUUUGUUUAUUUUAUUUUUUUUUAAUUAGCAUAGACUUUUAUAAUGUACUCACAAAUCACCAAAUCAUGGUUAUGAUUGGGUUUAUUUCAAAGUCUUAAGGGGUCUAAGCAGAUAGACAUUCUGUAUAGGAUGUAUACUUGAAGAUUAUCAUGAUAUGGUUGGGGUUGAAUGCUUUUUGUCCUAAAUCUGACCUACAUGAAUCACCACUUUGAAGGAGGAUAACCUGUACCAAGGGAAAUAAUGAAUUCACUUCUACUACUUUCACAUUGAUAACGACAAUUGGUGUCAAAGUUGAAUCUGACCAUUAAAUGUCACUGUUGAGGGAACAAUCUAGCAACAGCAACAGAAUGUGUUGCCACAUGUUAUUGAACUGUCUUGGUUUUGGGCUAGUAUUAUUUUUAAGAAAAACAUGUGUUUGGGUUCAUUUGAUAAUUUUUUUUUUUUUUGUAAAUCAGGAGAAUGGUACCUUGUGAAUGUACUGAUAUGGACUAUGUUGAGAUCCAAAGUUUGAACCAUGUCAUGUGGUAUUUAGAUUAGUGUACUAUCUGGGUUGAUUUUUGUAUAUAAUGUUAAACACUUUCUUUUCACCUGUUGCAUGACAAAUUGUUUUAUUUUUAUAAAUAUCCUUUUUUUAACAAAAACCCAGGUUUACUUUGUCCGGUAGCAUUUUCAUUUUUUGACGAACCGUUUCCUGUCUUUUAAAAAUAUUUUUAGCACACACUUCUCUAGCUGUAUUUAACGUCAAGUUGGGUUGCAGAGUAUUUUUAAGAUAAUCUCUUAAAGAAACAAAACUUAGAAAUGUGAACAGGGUCUAAAACAUAUAGAUAUACACUGCACGCCAUGUAUAUAGUCUGGAGUUAGACUCAUUAUUUAAUUUGUUGUUUUAAUUUUUUUUUUUUUGAGUUUCUAGUUGACAAUUAUUUUAUGUGGCUUUGCUGAGUUUUUUUUUUUUUUUUUAACGUAUAGGCCAACUAAUUGAGGGUGGGAGUCCUGGUUAAUGCCGUCUUUUAAAUGGAUUGAAUUCUAUUAAACGGAUGUUGGAAUCUAUAGCCUUUAACAAACUAACUGGAAAUAUUCUCUUGAUGUUACUAGAAUAUUGUUUGCUGUUCAGUGCAGAUGCAAUUCUAAUUGAAAACUUAGUCAAAUUUACGGAGCAUUUACACACAAAUCAGUAAAAAAAAAAUUUAGUACUUUGCAUUAAUAUACUGAGAACAUUUCUGUCCAUUAUCACCACCAGUAAUAAUUAGUUUUUGGGCUUAUGGUCUGUGACAUCCCUCUCCCUUUAACUCAUAAGUUUUAUUGGGACUAAAUGUUUCAAAUGUUUGUGUUGCUGAAUUAAAUGUGAACCUUGCAUUUCCAACUGAAAAAUAAAAAUGGAAACAAAGAAAAGCACUUUGGAGAAAUGAAACAAUAGUUAGUUAAAAAAAAAUUUGCUGUUGAAAUUAGUUAAAAAAAAAUAUUUUCUUAUAGGCUAAAAGACAACUCUUAAAUGUCUGUAUACAUGACUCUAAAAUACCAAAUAAAAUGCUGGUGGGAGGGAAGAGACGAUGAGGUAAAAACUAAAUCAAACCCUACUCUACCCAGAAAAUACAAAAAUUGAUGGUUGCAAUUUCAAUUUUAGCAUCAAACAAUCAACAUGGAGUUUCAGUCAAUAAGCAGAUUAUUUUUUUUUUUACUGAUUUGUGUGCCUACGGUCCUACACUCGAGUAAAACCCCAGUUGUAAACUCCUGAACAGUGUACAAUAUCCUAUUACCUCUUUUUUUGGUGUCAGCAACAAGUAAUAGUACAUAUCUAUGAAGUUUUAGAAGAAUUCAUAAAUCGACUUGGGUCUUCUGCUUCUCAUUUUGUCCCAUUUCUAAAGGACUUGUUUAGAAGAUAUGUCUGCGAUGUUUCAAUGUUUAGUCCCACUCAUCAUUCAUGCCACCUUGACUUUUUCUUUAAUGUUCACACAUUGAAUCUAAGCUUGUAUUUGACCAGGGGAGAGGUUGGUAACUGUCCUGGGCACCUACAUCAGCAUCAGGACUCCAGCUCUUAGGGAUGGCAUUACCAGUUUAUAGAAAUAUAAAUGAGAAACAUAGGUGGCUCUAAGCUGCUGCCACUGUUGGGCUAAAGGGAGUAGAAUUGACUGUGCAGUACACUACUGACCUACAAAGUCAAAGAUUUUAUAUUGAAAUAUAUUUAUAUAUAUAUGUAUAUUUUACAUUAAUAUUAGCGGUCUAUGGGUGCACCAAUUUGUUUUACUGCCAGUUCCUCUGUGAGCCUAGAGCUGUCCUGGUCUAAGCCCCACCUCCCUCUGAGCCAAGAGCUGUCCCUGGUCUGACAGGUUUUAAACAAGUUAAGUGCAAGAUCUGUAUAUUGACAGGCUUAACCCACAUUCAGAUUAACUUGUACCUUAAGGGCUGAGCACACUUCUAUGAUGACUUGCAAGUUUCAUAAGGUUAAACCUGUGUCUGAUACAUGUCAGUUACUCUUCACCUCUAUAGGUUAUUAAACCUCACUUGAGUCAGUCCCUGACGAUAAAAAAAAAGAUUAAAAAAACCCAGGCUGACUAGACUGAGGCACCCACCCGGCAUAAACUGUAUAUGUAGAAUCAACCCCCUUGCUGGAAAGUGUCUUUGACUGGAGAUGUUGAUGUGAGAACUGCUUUGAUUAUAAACAUUUGACCCUCAAGCAUCACUGACUCUAUCCAAACUAUAACAAGGAACUGAGUGCUAGAUCAUUGGGUUUUGAAGUCUCAACUAGGGAGAACCUUUUCUACAUACCAAGCACACAUUUCUCUUGAAACCAAAUGUUUGUCAACAAUGGCUGUUUUUCAUCCAUUAUUUGAUGUGCAGGCACUAAGAGAAGACCUGUGAGUUGGCAUGCUGUUGUACACAUUGAAGACUGUAAAAGCAAUACAGAUGUGCUGGUCUUAGUUUUAUACUAUUUGUAAGAUGCAGAUAGACCUCUGUAUUUUAUUUUAGACGCAGAAACCUUUGGAUACGAUUAAGCCAAUUUAGAGAUCUAGGAGUGAACAGAAACAAUUUUGUAUUGUACAACCAUUGGAAGUAAAUAUGCAAUAUUGUUUCCAAAUGUAUCCAUAAAUCUAGCUACAGAACAGCUUUUGGAACAAUAUUUGUUGAGAAAACUGCUCUAGUGCCAGUUAGAGAUUACCUUGAACACUUGCUAUGACAUGAACACUUGGGCAUUAGAUGGGCAACUCUUAGUAUUGUUCAUUCUGUCAAGACUUUUUUUUUUUUUUUUUGCUUGUGUGUCAGAACUUUGCCCAAACUGUGAGGCAAUGAUCAGAAAUGCUGUCAUGCCUAGAAAUAUGAAACCUAAUCCAUCCAACAGUCAUUAAUUUUUGUAUUUUUUUAAAUUAAAAAUAAUUUUUUUGUAUGUUUUUUUUUCCUCCUAGCUCAUGUCUUCUUGCUGUUAGUCCUCAGAUGUCACUUUCUUUUUCAUCUUGUAGUCUGAGGAUAGUAGUACAUAUGUUGUGCACAUUAUCAUUAGUGGCAGUCAGGAUUGAAGAGUUUUUUUCUUUCUAGGAAAUUAAUCUUUGGAACAGAACCAAGCUCUUGUUGACUUAGUGUAAUUUUGUUAGUACAGAAAUACUCAGAGCUCUAUUUCCACAUUUGGGUAAGGAGAGGGGUGGGGGCUAUUAUUAUUAUUUUAUGACUAAUGUAGAAGCUUUUUUUUUUCUUUUAAUGGUAGGAUUUAUCUGACUGAAAGCCUUGAGUGAUACUAUCUAAGAAAUCAGUGUGGAUUGAUUGUAUCUGGAUGUGGGAACUAGCAGUAUGCAACUAACAUAACAUCUAUUUUCAUUUCACUGUCCUUUUAAUUUAUUUUUAAAUCCAUUGUGACACUGCUGCUGGAGUUGGAUCUAACGACCUUGGAAGCGUGCAUUGUUUUUAGCAUUAACACACACAUGUAUUGAACGUAGAUGUAUGCACUUAUUUGUUUCGGUCAAGGGGGAUAACCAUUUGAGUAGAAUACAAGAUACGUUAUUUCCCUUCACGUUAUUUCUGUCAAAGCUUCAACCUAAGCUGUUUCUCUCGUCUCCAAUGUUAAGUCAAUGCAUAUUUGUGACCCCAGUCUAAUGUUAGUGGGGGGGGGGUUUAGCCCCCAGUCUAAUGUCAGUGGAGGUGGUUUUUAGCCUGUCUAAUGUCAGUGGGGGGUGUUUUGUAGCCCCUAAUCUAAUGUCAGUGGAGGUGGUUUUUAGCCCCAGUCUAAUGUCAGUGGGGGGUGUUUCGUAGCCCCCAAUCUAAUAUCAAUGGGUUGGUUUUUAGCCCGUCUAAUGUCAGUGGGGGAAUGGGUUCGUAGCCCCAAUCUAAAGUCAGUUGGUUGUUUUUUUUCUUAUUUAAAAGUCGGUCGGGGGUUUUAUUAGCGCUAAAGUGAGUGGGUAUUUUCUUCGCCCCAGUGUAGUAUCUCUGAAGUCCUGAGGUGUUGUGUUGCCUUGUGGACACCACAUAUCACUUGUCUGUUGGCAUAUGUUCACUUGUUGCAACGUUUGUUUGUUGCUGCAGACAUUUUUUUUUAACUUAUUAUUUUAAUAUUUAACUAUUCCCACAAUCUUUUUGUAUUAUUGAUUUCUGUUAGGCAUUUUGAUAAAAAUAAAUAAAAGCAUUGCCCACGUGUUUUA